UUUUUCUCUGGCUAUUGUUGCAAUCCAAAUGACCUCACAUUACAGUGACCCACACCUUUGCAUGUCGCCUCAUGCUUUGGUUGCUAACCCUUCACCUAAACACACCUAAAGCUACCCCAUUUCUUGCCCAUUGAUUAAUAAGCUAAGUUAAUCCCUCCUUGCACAUUUUAGUACUAAUUCGCCUACGACUUCUCACACACAAAGCUUCCCUUCCCCCUAAACCUGCAACUGCUACUGCUCCUCUUUUUCUUUUCUUUUUCUUCCAUCGCCAUCACCUGCUGCUGUGUGUCCUCUGUCCUUCUUCAUCGCCAAUGGCUGCCAUGCCAACACCAAGAUCCUUCUCCUACCCCUAGCUCAUCGCAAAACAAGCUAGAAAUCGUCUCUUCUCCCAAGAAAAUUCAUCUUUGGAUCGUAGAGCGUAUUUGAAGAAUGAGCAAUUCGACGUGGCAGCCGUCGCCGCCGCAGACUCCGGCGGCGGCGGCGUCGUCGGCGUCGGGGAUUGACGGCGUGGAGAACAAGAUAAGCCCGAGCAUCGUGUUCAUCGUGGCCGUCUUGGCGAUCGUGUUCUUCGUGUGCGGGCUGCUGCACCUGCUGGUGCGGCACCUGCUGCGGCUGCACCGGCAGCGGAGGGCGAGGGAGGACGCCGAGAGCGCGACGGCGUUCGAGGGGCAGCUGCAGCAGCUGUUCCACCUCCACGACGCCGGCGUCGACCAGGCCUUCAUCGACGCGCUCCCGGUGUUCCUGUACCGGAACGUCGUCGGCGUCGGCGGCGAGGAUGGCAAGGACCCGUUCGACUGCGCUGUCUGCCUGUGCGAGUUCGCCGCCGACGACCAGCUCCGGCUGCUGCCCAAGUGCAGCCACGCGUUCCACCUCGAGUGCAUCGACACCUGGCUCCUCUCCCACUCCACCUGCCCGCUCUGCCGGAGGAGCCUCCUCGCCGAGCUCUCGCCGACGUGCACCCCCGUCGUCAUGGUGCUCGAGUCCGAGAGCUCCCGCGACAUGGUCCACGCCGCCGACGAUGAGCCAGCCGACGUCGGUGGCGAAGACGCGCCGGGAGCGGAGGAGGUGGUCGAGGUGAAGCUUGGGAAGUUCAUGUGCGUCGAAGGCAACGUCUUCUUCAACGUCAACGCCAUCGCCGGCGAAGGGGAUAGAGCCGGCACGAGCAGCAACGGCAAUGGCGACGCCAAUGCCAAGGCUGGUGGUCUCGGGCAAAGACGGUGCCAUUCCAUGGGAUCCUACGAGUACGUCAUGGACGCGCACGCCUCCCUCCGCGUGUCCAUCAAGCCGCCGAGGAAGAAGCCGGCGGCGGCGGCCUCCAAGUCGCGCCGCCGCGGCGCCAUGUCGGAGUGCGAGUUCGGCGCCUCCAAGCGCGGCGAGUCCUCGCUCCGCCUGCCGCCGUUCCGCGCGACGCCGCGCAAGAACCCCGACGACGACGCGGCCGCGGCCGCCGGCGCGAAGCUCGCCAAGGACAGCUUCUCCGUGUCCAAGAUCUGGAUGGUGCCGUCCAAGAAAGAGCCCGGCGCCGCCGCCGAGAGGCGCGCGGUGUCGUUCCGGUGGCCGGCGGCGAAGGACUGGGACGUCGAGGCCGGGAGCUGCGGCGGGAACAGCGCCGUGUCGUCGGUGGCGGCGGAGGAGCGGCCGUCGUUCGCGAGGAGGACGCUGCUCUGGGUCGUCGGAGGCAGCAGGCAGCUCAGCAGAGUCGGGAGCUGUUCAUGAUCACCAUUUCGAUCAUCAAAUCUCAAAAUGAAACCAAAAAAAAAAAAGAUGAUUCUUUUGUUCAGUUCUUUUACCCCCUCCUUUUGCUUGCUAGGUUAUUGGUAGCGAACUAGCGAUUGCAUCCAACAGCAAGAGAAAUUGUAAAACCCAUAUGCUACGAAGAGAAGAAAUUUUCCUUUCAUUUUUAACUGCA